AUGUCUCCCAACACAAAAUCUAUUGAAAAUUUUCUUCCCAACUCGAUUUGUUCAAGUAACAAUCUAUCCAAACCAAGAAUGGCGAGUUACCCUUUUAUGGAAUCCGAAUCUAAUCAAGGAUUCUUGAAAGAUUGGAUCUCUUUAUACGCCUCAACUCCUUUUGAGUUGAAUGAUAAACGCAUUCGACUUAUGAACACUCCUUCAAGUGAUUCUCUCAAUGAGGUUCACGAAAAACCGUCGGGUAGGAAAAAAACCAAUAAUGUGGAAAUUGAUGGGAAAGUAAACAUGGAGUUGUGGGGAAAAGGAAAUGGUAGACGCCAAUGGAGUCUUGUAGAAGACAUGUUGUUGGUGCAACUAGUGUAUCAAUAUGGAGCCAAGAAUUGGUCCCGCAUUGCUGAAAAGUUCCCUCUGAGAAUUGGAAAGCAAUGUAGAGAGAGAUGGCAAAAUUAUUUGAGGCCAAAUAUCAUGAAAAAUGCAUGGACCGAAGAAGAAGACAAGUUACUAAUUUCAUUACACCAACAAUUCGGCAACAAAUGGGCAGAUAUAGCAAGAAGGAUGCCAGGAAGGACAGAAAACAACAUAAAAAAUCAUUGGAAUGCUACAAAAAGAAAACAAUUUUUAAACAAGAAUCAUGAAAAGACCAAAACCCCCUCCCUUUUAAAAGAUUACAUCACAAGAAUUACUUCUUCCUCUUCACCCAAUCAUCAAAUCAACAUCCAACAACCACCAUCCCUGGUGGUGGACCACACAACAACUGAUUCCGUGGUUGGUUAUAAGCCUGCUGAGCUGGCGCCUGAUGAAAGGGAUCUUGAUUUUCAUUUUGAUGAUGUGUCAUCUCAAUUGGUUGCUGAGUUAGUGUUUGAUCCAACAAAGGAGAUGGAUUUUCUGAAAUUAUUCUGUCAAUAG